CAUGUACUCCCUCCAUUCCGUUUUAUAGUGCGCAUAAAAUUUUCACGGGAAUUCCGCAAUGUAGUGCGUAUCUCGUCGAGAGAGCGAUUUUGGACGAAACUACCCUCCCACCGAAUAGCCAGCGACCCAGCGUCCCACCCCACCGCAUCGCUCCAUCCCCUGUCUCUCUCCCUUAUCUCUUUCUUGUCGCUGCUUUUCCCCACCUCCCUGCUCGCCUCGAUCCUCACCGGCAUCCCACCACCAGACCUCCCCACCGAUCCCCACACUCCUAGUUCAUCCCCACCUCCCGCAACGUUUCCUCUCCCUCUCUCAUCGAUCUUCUCUGCCUCAGGACAGGAGCCAUCCAAUAGAUCGCGGCCGAGAGGUGUGGUGGAGGCGGCGGUCUUCAUGGCCGGCGGAGUUGAGGGAGAGGUGAGGAGGAAGGUUCUGGCUCUGUUGAAGGAGGCAAAGGCAGCAAUACAGCAAAUCGAGCUGUUGCUAGGCCAGACGCCCAAGGUGGACGGACCAGAUGAUCAACGAUUCCGCAAGCGGCAGUGGGAAUUCGAAGAAACAGAGAAGGAAGAAGAGGAGGAGGUCCCUGGUGAGGGCUGCGGUGGAGACUGGCUGGAUGCCCUCAGAUGCCGAUGUCCGCGUCCGUGUAGAAGAUGCCUCGCCCAUGCCGCUCAAUUUUGUUCAACACGGCGUCCAUGUCCUUGGCGGUUGCCCAAGUUCAGGAACAGGAUGCAUGUGUGGCAAUAAGCUCAGCUGCUGCCCAAACAAUGGUGUGCAUGUCCUUAGUACAGGGAGCUUGCCCAUCUUGGCCGGUGAAGAGGUACUGCCCGAGGACGCUGAGACCCAGGACGGCAAUGAGGUGCUGCCCGAGGACGCCGAGACCGACGGCGGAGAGGUGCUGCCCGAGGGCGCCGAUGCCGAUGGCGGACACAUGUUGCCCGAGGACACCGAGACCGGCGACGACGUAGACGUGCUGCUUGAGGACGCCCAGACCGACGAUGGCAUAGAGUUGCUGCCCGAGGAUGCCCAGACCGACGACGGUGUUGAGUUGCUGCUCCAGGACGCCCAGACCGACGAUGGCAUAGAGUUGCUGCCCGAGGACGCCCAGACCGACGACGGCGUCGAGUUGCUGCUCCAGGACGCCCAGACCGACGAUGGCGUAGAGUUGCUUCCUGAAGACGGUGAAGCGGCACUGCCGGAGGAUGCUGACAGUGAUGUAUCUUUCGUGCCUGACUCUAUGCCCGCUCACGGUGGCGACUCGCUCGAUGAAUCGACGAUGGAGGUAAGGGAUAUUAUGCUGAACCUAUUAAUUCCUGGUUAUCUGAUGUGAGUUUAUUCAUCAAAAUGAACUGGCAUGCAUGGACAUGGUGAUCAGACGUGAUGUGUAUUUUGUUUGGGAAGUCUGUGAUGUGUAGCUUCUCAAGUGAAUAUAGAGAGUGUUUGGAUUACAUUGCUCAAACUUGGUUGUGAUCGUGUGGUGUUUAUUUUUGCUUCAUGGUUAGAUAGCUCAACCUCAAUUGCAUGCAUGGAAAUUAUCAUUGGUCAACUAAACACAAAACAUAUCCAGAAUACAUGGAUCAAUAUGUCCAGAUUACAUUGAUCACUUGUUGCCAAAAUAUGUUCAGAUUACAUUGAUCAUCUGUUGCCAAAAUUUGUCCAGCCUACAUUGAUCAAUUGAACCCAAAAUAUGCCCAGACUUCUCUGAUCAAGUGAACCAAAAUAUGUCCAGAGUGCAAACAGUUGUAUGAACAGACAAUGACCAUGUCUAGAUGGUGGCACUUAGGAACUCGAUCGCGGCAUUUACAAUUGCUGGAUCACAUGGUAACCUAGCUGUGAGAAGGCCAGCUCUUGCUAGGGCCAUCUUCCUCAUGUGUGGAACCUUGUACUGUUGGCCGCCAUUAAGUUUCAGUAUCUCCCGCAUACAGGACUGCAAAGUGAGGAAGAUGCGGUUGCUCCUCUCAGGGGGGUACUCUCCAUAUGCUUGGAGCACCUUGGUAACAAUGUCAUCUAGUGAACCUGGGAACAACUUCUGAAAUAAAGCUUGUAGGGCUGCAAAAAAAUCUAUGUCCAAUAUGUUCAGAUCAGGAGAAUUAGGUGGUUGGCACGUCAACCUAAUGUUCCAUCCAUCUGCCAUUGCCACUUCACAAAACAUAGGAUCAUUGACGGGAAUAUGAGUUUUGGCAUUGUCCUGUUGUAUGAUUAUAGGAUAACCGCGGUCCGAAGCAGGCCACUUCUCCUUAAUGGCAGGAAGAAGUUUGUUCACCAUGUAAUCUUGGCUAACUUUCCUUGUCACCGCCGGCAACACCUUAGUAACAAUUGUUCCCGUGUCGCGGUUCUUGCUAUCUCUCUUAGCCUCCUCUAGGAAUGUAAAAGGCCAUAUGCCAAUCUUGCCAUCAAAUGUCAUGUUGCCAUCAUCAUCAUAUCGAGGCCUCGCCACCGUAGCAAGGAACAUCACUUUUUCAAUGUAAUUCUUGUUUUGUGUGGUACGCUCUGGAUCUUCCUCGUUGAGACCCAAUUAGAAUUUUUGAUUCUUCCGAGUGCGAUAGAACCACUUCUCAUCUAUGUGGAUGACGUUGUACAUUCCAUCAAAUGUUGGCUGUUGUGGGAUGCUUAGUGGCUGAAACAUAGACAAACAAAACUUAACCCUAGCCCUCUUGUUUUCUUCUAUCAAUGUUGAUUUGAUGGCAUUAGAAUGCCGCCUGAGUCUGCCCUCCUUCAAACGCCUGAAUAAGGUAGUCUUUGCCAUGUUCAACUCAUUAGCAAGAUCUUGGAGACUUGUUCUUUUGCUCAAGACUUGGUCCUCUUGCGGCCACAAUUCUUGGUCCUCUUGCUCAAGACUCCCUGCAAUCCACCAGCCUUCUUUCCCUCCAGCCAUCUCAGUUGUAUAGUUCGCAAAGGAAUGUUUGUUUCUUCGGCGAUAGCUUUAGUAAUUCCAUGAUUCAAUUUACCCAAAGAAGACCUCUCCAAGAUCAUGGCAAAUAGAUUUUGCUUUUCUUCAUCUUUGUACUGCCUUCUCUUUUUCUUGCCUUCAUUUGCAAAUAAGUGGCAUCAUAGAUUUAUUACAUUGCUAACUAUAUGAACA